GUUUAAGGUUAGGGUUUAGUGUAAGGACGUCCCAAGGAUCCACGUUAGCACUCAGCAUGAACAUGGUGGGUGUGUCCUAACCAACCGUUCUAAGUUUUCUUAGCUAGGUAGCCUUUUAAAAUGCCCGAACUCAAAACGCUUCUUUUUCCAAGAUGGCGUCGAUGAAGGAUAGCGAUACCGGCCUGUGGCUCCAUAAUAAACUAGGAUCAACAGACGAACUUUGGGCGCCUUCUAGUAUUGCUUCACUCCUCACGGUUUCAGUUAUCGACAAUAUACGGUUGUGUUUUUCGAGUUUGUCGCCUCCAGUAAAGCUAAAAAUCUUGCUCGGGAUGCUGCAUCUUCCGAGGCGGACUGUUGAUGAGAUGAAGGAGGCCCUAUCAGAGAUCAUCCAGCUGGCCACAGUGGACUCUGAGCCCUGGGUACUGAUGGUGGCAGAUAUCCUUAAGUCCUUCCCAGAGACAGGCUCUCUCAACCUGGACCUGGAGGAGCAGAACCCUAACGUACAGGACAUCUUGGGCGAGCUCCGGGAGAAAGUGAGUGAGUGUGAGGCGUCGGCCAUGCUCCCUCUGGAGUGCCAGUACCUGAACAAAAGCGCCCUGACCACCCUGGUGGGCCCACUCACGCCCCCCGUCAAACACUUCCAGCUCAAGAGGAAGCCCAAGAGCGCCACCCUCAGGGCAGAGCUGCUGCAGAAAUCCACAGAGACGGCUCAACAGCUGAAGAAGACAGCGGGAGUGCCUUUCCAUGCAAAAGGAAGAGGCCUGGUCAAGAAGAUUGACACCACCACACCCCUCAAGGGGAUCCCCAAAGCCCCGUUCCGCAGCCCCACCACCCCCAGUAUGUUCAGCCCGCCGAGCAACCGCACACCCAUAGCCCCCGCACGGACGCCCCUGCGCAAGGAGAGGGGAGUCAAGUUGUUAGACAUCUCAGAGCUCGAUAUGGUGGGAGCUGGUAGAGAGGCAAAGAGGAGAAGAAAGACUUUGGAAACAGAGGCUGGGGAGAAAGCUGCCAAAGAGGAGGCUGUGGUGGAGAAUGCUACACCAGACUAUGCUGCUGGACUGGUGUCUACACAGAAACUGGGUGCGUUGAACAACGAGAGCGCCCUGCCGUCUACGAGUUACCUGCCUGCUACUCCCAGUAUGGUCCCCUCCUCCUCCUACAUUCCCAGUUCAGAGACGCAGCCAGCGAAUGCGGGCGGUUCAGGGCGCGACGCCCUGCAGUCGGGUCGACAGCCUGAGGAGUCAGCCACGCCCAGCGCUGCCGCCACCACCCUCCCCGGCCAGUUCAAACAAAGGACGCCCAUGUACAACGCCGGCAACACGGCCGCCAGCCCCACCGCACCCGCCUCCCCCAGCACGCCAGCCAGCACCCCCGCCAGCAGCAACGGCCCCCCUGCUGCCGCCAUUGCCACGCAGCCCGAGACCCCAGCCACACAGCCCCCCGCUACCCCCCAGCCCAGCACGCCCCAGCCCAAAAAGAACCUCUCGCUCACUAGAGAACAGAUGUAUGCUGCUCAGGAAAUGUUCAAGACCGCUAACAAGGUCACCAGACCAGAGAAAGCUCUCAUCCUGGGCUUCAUGGCCGGAUCCAGAGAGAACCCGUGUCCGGAGCAGGGCGACAUCAUCCAGAUCAAGCUAAGCGAGCACACCGAGAUCCUGCCCAAGGCGGACGGCACGGGCAGCACCACCAUGCUGGUGGACACGGUGUUCGAGAUGAACUACUCCACAGGACAGUGGACCCGCCUCAAGAAGUACAAACCAAUCACCAACACCUCCUGAGGUGGCUGCUGGCCUGCCUGCCGGGACUAAACACACACAUAUACACUUACCUACACACGCAGGCCAUAUCCUAUUCAGGUGGCCAGGGACUUGUCAUACUCACACACUUGUGCAAAUACACAUGGGCCAAAUCCAGCCCGUGAGAGGGGCUGGGGAGUGGGGGAACAGAUCCCUCUUUCUCAAAGUUCCUUCAUUGCCAAAAGGCAGGGACCCUCAAGACUCGUUUCCGUUGGUUCGUUUUUCUUUUCUGUUUUAGUUAUGUCCCCUCAGAUUCCUGAACAUUUGUGUGUUAGAAGAGUCCUUAUACCUUCUUUUCAUAAGAUACCUGUCAAGACCUGCUUUACUAUGAAAAGGUACAAGCAUGCCACAAAAUAUUACAACUGUCCGUGUUUUUCAUUGUGAGAAUGACGUUUACUGUAUUCUUCCUACUUCGUCUGAGAAAAUGUAAGAAACUAAAGAGCCCAACCCAUCAGUGAAAAUGUGACGGAUAGAGAGGUGAUGGGUUUCCUUUUUGCUGUGAAAUUCUGUUUUGAAAAGUUCCGGAGAAUGUCUUGUUUUUUUUCCCAUCCUUACCAAGAAGGGAAGAAAAAUAAAGCGAAAAAUGUUCCGA